AUGGUUUUUGACCACGUAAGACUUAGUUUGGCUGUAAUCGUCAUCCUAUUGUCAAUCUACGCUGCUUGUGAUGAACGUUUCCAGAAGAGGAUUCUUUUGACUGAUCCUAGCGAUCUCCAACAACUGAUAAACAACCUCCAGGGAGAAAUACAGACCCUAAAGGCAAAGGUUGAGACACAAACAAGUGAAAUAGCUUCCCUUAAACAGGAAUUAUUACAACCACUUAGUGGAGGUGGGUCCACAUUUGUCCGUUGGGGACGAACAGAUUGUCCCGCCCAUGUGACCGAACUGGUGUAUUCUGGUUAUGCGGGCGGUUCUUGGUAUGCUCACUAUGGAGCAGCCGCUGACCAACUUUGUCUACCUCCGGAUCCAGAAUGGUUAAACACAACAGUUGUACCAGACGAUUACACAGGGAGGCUGUACGGUGCGGAGUACGAAUCUCAUACCGGUCAUACAUUAUUCGGAUCAAAAUCACAAGACGAAGAGAUUCCCUGUGCUGUCUGUAGAUCUACUUCUUUUGUCUCCUCUGUGAUGAUACCGGCGAGGACGACAUGUUACAGUGGCUGGACGAAGGCGUAUGGUGGGUCUCUGGCAUCUGGCUACUAUGGUCAUUACGCUGCUACGGAAUACGUUUGUGUAGACGAGCAUGCGCAGCCAGUCGCCGGAGGAGCAGAUAGAGAUGAUGAUGGUGUAUUGUUUUUUGGAGUCAAGGCGUUUUGUGGUUCUCUAAGAUGUCCUCCAUACGAGCAAGACAAAUAUAUCACUUGUGUAGUUUGCAUGAAAUGA